CUCCUGUGUCUGUUGAGUCAGGAAAGCAGUGCCAGUAGAGCAGCCAGACUGAGAAAGCAGCUGCUUGGGUCGUCUGAAGCACACUGCAGUUCCCUGACUCUGAGCACUGUUCAGUGAAGGAGCUGGACACAUUGCACCACAGAUUUUGCAGCUCAUUGCGGCUCACUCAUCAGCUUGUGAGGCCCUCAGUGGGGCGUUGGCGUUGUGGCAAAGCGAAUAUAUCCGGAAGGACACUGCUUCAGAAACCGUGGAUCUCUUGCGCUCUUUGGAAACCGUUUCAUUUUAGCAGCGGAACAUCAAAGGGCGCAAGAUUGUUGAGCAAACUUGCUUGUACUGGAAGGGGCUUUUACGAACGAACACCACUGGCGCCAGCGAUGCUUGUGUCUAGUGAUUGCGAAGCAUAGUCUGAACGGAGAAGGGACCAGACUGCGGCGUUUGUUGUUUGUAUCAAAGAUAAAAUGUGUAGAGCACUUUUGCAGGGAGAGCAAAACUUUCCAUCCAUUGAAAAGCGGGCAGUAAAUUGGAGCAGUAGCUGAAGCGGCUAAGGAUGAGUUGGCCUUUACUCUGAAAGGAAAAGCCGAAGUGGUGUGCCUGCGCAAGUAGGAAGCUGGUAGAGAAUGGCCCAGAGGACAGGGAUCUACUUGGAAGACUUUCAUGAAUAUGUCAGCUCUCUACCCCCCGAACUGCAACGGCUGCUGUCGACCAUGAGGGAGCUUGAUGAGCGAGCUGCAACUCUUCAAGACGCAGUCCGUGCACAGUGCUCGGCCGUGCUAGCGCUGCCCCCGUUGCAAUUCCAGCGCGACGACCCCGAAGCCGUGGAGCUGGUCGAGACGAUGCGGCGGAAGAUCGAGGCGGAGCAAGAGCACUGCCUCGGGCUCGCCACCGAGAAGGUCCUUCUUGCGCAGCAAGCUACGGAGCUGAUCACGAGCCAAAUUGCUCGGCUAGACGAAGACCUGGGCAGCUUCGAAGAGGACCUGAAAGUAGAGGGCAAGCUGUCCGACUUCGCAUUCACCCCGGUCUCGUUCGAGAAGAAGCGUCCGCCUGCCCCCCCUCCGCAGCCCACUUCCGCCCGUAAGCAGGACCCCGCCCCGGAAUAUGACGAUCGGGAACCGGAACGGCCACGUGCCCCAGCCAUCACGGUCCGACGGAAAAGUCAGCCGUCGCAACCAUCUCCGGGGGUGGUAAACGCAGCGAAUCCGGGGGGAGGGGACCCUCAGGACAGCUUUUGUAUAUGCGGGGGUCAAUCGUAUGGCGACAUGGUGCAGUGCGACAACGAGGACUGCAAAGGGGGGGUGUGGUUCCACUACUCGUGCGUGGGCCUGAACCAGGCCCCCCGGAACAAGUGGUACUGCCCCGCGUGCCGAGCGCUACAGAGGCGGGGACUUCUCGACGUGGCACUGUAACGCUUCAAAUUCGAGAUGAUUUGAACAGAAACUGUUGCUCGCUUGCGUGUGGCGUAUGUACAGAAUUCAGACGCUGGGCUCCGACCCGGAGCCAAAGGGUAGCCCCCUGUAUAUUUUUGAUGGGGCAGGUGCGAUGAGUGGUCCGUUCGUGUGACGUUUGUGCUCGUUGGCGCCGUUGAAAAACCGGCCGAUGUCGCUGCGCUCUCAGAAGAAAAUGCGCGUAGUCUGACGGUAGUGAUUCGAGUCCUUGAGGCAGGGAUGCAGCGGCAAAGCUCUUCUACUCUCGAGCCUCUAUCAUGAUUCCUUUCGAAGUACAGG